CAUUCAAGUCAGCCUUCGAAAGCCAGAAAUUGCACUAUCUCACCAUGAAUACUAACUAUUCGUUAUCUGGAAAGGCUAUUGUGACGACAGUCGCUCAGUCGUCAAGCUAUCUCGUCCUAGGCUUGGACGAUGGACGCCUGCACGUAUUUUCGACUCAAGGGGAAGUUCUUUACAAGCUCCGGGCAGAGUUCUCGCCGAGUUCCUUGACGGUGAGACAGCAUCAGCUCAUUGUCGGGUGCAGAGACGGCUCAAUAGAGUCUUGGGAUCUCUUCACAGGUGCAAUAAAGGACAUUCUCUGGUAUGACGAGGGAACAAUUGUAUCCAGCUCCAGGGACUCCAGUUUGAAAAUUUGGUCGACCGAAGACUGGGCCUGCACACACGAGCUUGCAGGUCACACAGCUCCCGUGAUUAGCAUAGCAAUCGACCACGAUACUCUCAUCUCUGCAAGCCAUGAUCAGACUUGUAAAGUCUGGGAUGCCAACGCUGGGACACUAAAGCGCACGCUCACCGGUCACCAUGCGAAGAUUUUCAGCAUGGAUUUUGAUGGCAAAAUUGUGGUUUCCGGCGAUCUGAUUGGCGAAGUCCGCGUCUGGGAUGCGAUGACGGGACUCUGCAAGGCCAUCUUGCACGGCCACAAGUCGAUUGUGAACCACGUCCGACUACACCACGGCCUGAUCAUGACAGCUGGCGCAGAUGGAUCCAUCAAAGCGUGGUCAUCGGCAACGAGCACGGAAGUCUGGACAAUACCACAAGCUCAUCCGAAUGCAGUCAAUUCCAUCAGCGUGAAGGACGACAUCUUCGUUAGUGGUGGCAGUGGCGACGCCGUGAGCAUUUGGCAAGUCGGAACUGGUGCAUUACUAUACAAGAUAGGAGGACACUACAGUGCUAUUUGGCAGGUAGGGUUUCUAAACCAAGGAUCGAAUAAGGUGUUCGCAACAUUUUGGGACGAUGGAUCAUCUCUAGCUAUAAUGUCCCUACUACAUAGUUAAUAAGCCGUAAUUGUCAAUGGACACGACCAGCGCCGACGGACGUCGACGCCGUGAGAGAGAAAGGUCGAGGCCAGGAAGCGGGCGCGUCGAGAAAUCAUGCAAACCCGCGCGCGAUUUCAGACGCGGCGGCAUCGGUUUCCAGAUGCCGAAGGCCCGUCAGGGAGAUUCCGCAACGUUGGGUAGCUAGACAUGUGACUAAAUCCAUAGUCAUAGGGCCAUUAUCAGGCACCGCUGAUGGCUUGGGUCAGUCAUUGCGAACUUAUAGUAUUGACCUGGUUCCACCGGAGAAGUUCACAAAGUAAAGUUUGGAUCUGAGACUCACGCUCAGCGACCACAGCCCUCAACCCAUA